GGAGAAAGAACGUCGAGGGCGAGUGGAGGAGAAGGGCUGGCGCGUGAAGCGGCCCGAAGCCCGAAGCGAGCGAGGAGCAAGUCCGUGGCCACCGCUGAGGCAUUGGCGCAGAUCUCGGCUUGGUUUACGCCGGUUCACGCGCGGCGAAAGAGAGAAACGUGAACUCGCCAACGGACGCAGAAGCGAGGCGUGCACGCACGCGCCCGCCGACGUGCGUUUGCUCUUUCGAAGAAGAGAGUACGUUCGAAUAUUGGGGGAGAAGGAGAGAGAGAAAAAGAACGCGGAAAACUUUUCGCGAGCGAACUGUGCGCGAGUGUACGACAACCGAGAGAGAGAAAUUUCGGAGUGCAUUUUUUUCUGGUGGAUUUUUUCUGGUGAUACACACACGCACACACGCACACGAGCACACAUACACGGUGAUUGCCACGGUGGUUCACCGAUCGAGGAGAGAGAUCGCCGUUCCGGCUUUCGGAUAACUCGCAUACGCGCCACACAAGGAAGGAAGGGGCGCAGUAUGUGCCCGGCGCUGGGCCUAGCGCCGCACCCCAAGAAAGGAUCCGUAAUCUCGAACACGCCCCUACUUAUCCGCCACCGAGAGUCGACAGAUACAGGGGCGGUGCGCAGAUACAGAAGAGAAUGACUCAGAGGGAAGACGUUCUCAAGUUCGAGCAGGGCCGCAUCAAGGCCCUGCAAGAAGAACGUCUUCACAUCCAGAAGAAGACGUUCACAAAAUGGAUCAAUUCGUUUCUGCUGAAGGCGCGCAUGGAGGUGGACGACCUGUUCACCGAUCUGGGGGAUGGCAAGAAACUGCUCAAACUAUUGGAGAUCAUCUCCGGCGAGCGAUUGGCCAAGCCCAACAACGGACGCAUGCGAGUUCACAAAAUCGAGAACGUGAACAAGUCCCUGGCGUUCCUUCAUACCAAGGUCCGCCUCGAGAGUAUCGGUGCAGAGGACAUAGUGGAUGGUAAUCCCAGAUUAAUCCUUGGUCUCAUAUGGACCAUAAUUCUGAGGUUCCAAAUUCAAGAGAUCGAAAUCGAUGUGGACGAAGAAAACGACAGCAGCGAGAAGAAGUCUGCCAAAGAUGCUCUGUUACUCUGGUGCCAGAGAAAGACAAAUGGCUAUCCCGGCGUUAAUAUCCAGGAUUUUACCGGUUCCUGGCGAAACGGACUUGGUUUCAAUGCUCUCAUACAUGCUCACAGACCAGACUUGGUCAAUUGGUCAGAAUUACAACAAAAUAAGAACAUCGAUAAUCUCAAUUAUGCCUUCGACGUUGCCAAUACCGAACUCGGCAUACCGCGACUGUUGGAUGCAGAAGACGUGGACACAGCCAGACCAGACGAGAAGUCCAUUAUCACUUAUGUUGCAUCUUAUUAUCACACAUUCGCCAGGAUGAAGAACGAAAUAAAGAGCGGCAAAAGAAUAGCGAAUAUUGUUGGCCAGAUGAUGGACGCCGAUAAAAUGAAAAUCCAUUACGAACAGUUAACAACUGACCUGUUGGAAUGGAUCAAGAUGAAAACCGAACUUUUGGAGAGUCGCAGCUUCCCGAACUCCCUCGAAGGUAUUCAACGGGAACUCUUAGCCUUCAAGCAAUACCGAACAGUGGAGAAACCACCGAAGUAUAAGGAACGGUCCGAGAUAGAAGCGUUAUACUUCCACAUAAACACUCGGUUAAAAUCUCUGAAUCAGCCGGCAUUUACUCCGCAAGAAGGCCAGCUAAUUCACGAUAUCGAGAGAAAUUGGGUAGAGUUGGAGAGAGCAGAGCAUCGCCGUGAGGUCGCCUUGAGGACCGAGUUGCUGCGACAAGAGAGACUCGAGCAACUAAAUUACAAGUUUGAGAGGAAGAGCGUGCUCAGGGAAGGUUACUUGAAAGAAAUGAUUCAGGUUCUGACGGACCCUCGAUACGGCAGCAACCUAGCGCAAGUAGAUGCUACAGUGAAGAAGCACGAAGCCAUCAGUGCUGAUAUCUUGGCACGCGAAGAGCGCUUCCACGAUCUGACAAACAUGUCCGAAGAAUUAGUGCGGGAAAAUUAUCAUGGUUUAGAGAGAGUCCGCAGUAGAGAACAAGAAGUGUUGCAGAGAUGGAAAGAAUUGUUGGCUCUGCUGGACCAUCAUAAAUCCAAUCUGGUCGCGCUUAGUUCACUAAUGACCUUGAUGAGAGAAAUUGACACAACGCUGGCUUCCAUUCAGGAGCUACAACUGAACUUCCAAAGCACUGAUGUAGGCCCGCAUUUACUCGGGGUUGAAGAUUUGCUGCAAAAACACAGCUUGCAGGAACUGCAGGUGACGGCUCUAGGCGAAAGUCAGAGACGGCUCGGCCGACAGGCCGCUCAACACUUGGCACAACCACAAAACAAGGAGGUACCAUUACUGCAGCAAAAGUUGGAGUUAUUGAAUCACGCUUACGAUGAACUCGUGGAAAACAGCAAAGAGCGUAAGGCCCGGCUAGAGGACGCCAGAAAUUUCUUUCACUUCCUUCAAGAUCAUGAGGAUGAAGAGUCAUGGCUGGUGGAGAAACAACGAAUAUGCAAGGCUGGUAUUUCUGCGAAAGAUUUGCGGGCCGUGAUAUCGUUACAACAGAAACAUAAAGCUCUGCAAGAUGAGACGAAAGUGCGCAGGCCGAAAUCUGAACAACUUUGUGAUGCUGGCAGAAAGCUGAUAGCUGAUAAUCAUCCGUCGGCAUUGGAAAUACAAAAUAGAAUAGACUCGUUGCAAGAACAUUGGAGGGUUUUGGAAGAACUAGCAGGAUUACGAAAGAAGCAGUUGGAUGACGCAGCUGAAACGUUCCAAUUUUACGCUGAUGCGAACGAAGCGGAUUCGUGGAUGAAUGAAAAAAUGGCUCUAGUAGCCUCGGAGGAUUACGGGGUGGAUGAACCGAGCGCUCAGGCCUUGUUGCAAAGGCACAAAGAUCUAGAAGGCGAACUAAACGCCUAUAAAGGCGAUGUGCACUCCUUAAAUGCACAGGCAGAGAAACUAAUCAAAUCCGGCAUCUCCACUCUGGAAUUGUCCGCUGAUCCAGAACCGGUCGCCGAACUUGAACAGGAAGAAUGGAGCAAAGAGAUCCGAUUGGUGCCGCAAGACGAGUGGGUGGACGAAGUGGUCGAGCGACUCGAGCAGAAAACUAUUCAUGAAGAUAGAUUAAUACCGCAAGUGAAGAGUCUAUAUCCAUUUAAUGGUCAGGGCAUGCAUAUGGCGAAAAACGAAAUUAUGUUUCUGUUGAACAAGACGAAUCCCGACUGGUGGAGUGUUAGGAAAGCUGAUGGUACGGAUGGAUUCGUGCCAGCUAAUUACGUACGCGAGAUCGAGCCAAAGGUCGUGCAAGUGCAAGUACGCAGGCCCGAAAAAGUCAAAGUGACGCAACGGGUGAAGAAAACAAAGAUGGUGAAACAGGUGGUGCCGGUCCGACGAUUAAAAUCUAUUAAGUCUACUGUGAAGCCGAUCAAGCGAAAGACGGUGAGCGACGGUGAUAGCGUGGAAAAGCGACAAAAGAAAAUCAACGACACUUACAGCGAGUUACAGGAACUCGCUGUGAAGCGCCACGCGUUACUAGAAGAUGCAAUCAGGCUUUACGGUUUUUACCGGGAGUGCGACGACUUUGAAAAGUGGAUCAAAGACAAAGAGAAGAUGUUGAGAGCCGACGAUCCUCGUGAUAACGUCGAAACAGCGAGAAGAAAGUAUGAGAAGUUCCUAACAGAUUUGUCGGCUUCUGGAAAACGGGUGGAGGCAAUAGACGCAGCAGUAGACGAAUUCAUCCAUCAAGGUCACAGUCAGCUAGACAAAGUUAAAGCCAGACAAAGGCACAUUCAUCAGCUAUGGGAUCAUUUGAAUUGGUUAAAAACACAAAAAGAAAAGAGCUUAGAGGGUGCGUCCAGCGUUGAGUUAUUUAACAGAACCUGUGACGAAGCUCACGAUUGGAUGCUAGAAAAGAUCACCCAAUUAGAUACGGCCGAAUUGGGUCCUGACUUGAAGACUGUGCAGGCUCUGCAAAGGAGACACCAACAUCUGGAACGAGAAUUGGCACCAGUUGAAGAAAAGGUACGAAAAGUGAAUUUAUUAGGCAAUAGUGUUAAGAAUUCGUAUCCACACGAAUGUAACAACGUCAAUGUGAGACAAAAUGAGAUUAAGGAUCUGUGGAACAAAGUCCAGACGAAGGCCAAGGAGCGACGGUCUCGUUUAGAAGACGCAGUCGGCCAACAAAUAUUCAUGAAUAGUUCGAAGAACUUGAUCAACUGGGCGACAGACGUACAAGAAACAAUGAAGGCUGAGGAACCAGUAAGAGACGUUGCCACAGCCGAAAUACUAAAGAAACAGCACAUGGAACUUGGAGAAGAAAUACGAACCAAAGAAGAUGAAUUUCGCGAGGUUGAAGAUCUCGGUCGAGAAUUAUUACGUCGUAAUUCAACGUUGACAGAUGUACGCGAACGUCUGGACAAGUUAAAUGGAUUGUAUCCAACGGUAACAGCCGAUUGGAUGGCAAAAGAAGAAUGGCUCCGACAAUGUCUUGAAUUGCAACAAUUUAAUCGAGAAGCUGACCAAAUUGAAGCUACUACCAGUUCUCAUGAAGCUUUCCUUGAAUUCGUCGACUUAGGCGAAUCAUUGGACGAUGUUGAAGCUCUGUUGAAACAACACGAAAAAUUCGAGAACACCCUUCACGCACAAGAUGACAGAUUAAAAGCAUUUAGUGACACCGCGGACAAGUUAAUCGCCCAAAAUCACUAUGAUAAAGAUUACAUCAAUGAAAGACGGAACCAAGUAUUAGCUCGUCGCGUGGCAGUAAAGGAUGCCGCUCAACGUCGAAGAGCAGCCUUAAAAGCAUCCGAACACUAUCAACAAUUCUCAGCAGAAGUGGAUGACUUGCGCGAUUGGUUGAGCGACAAGAUGAAAACUGCAGCCGACGAAAGCUAUCGCGAUUUAAACAAUCUCGAACGUAAACUGCAAAAACAUGAAGCGUUUGAACGUGAACUACGAGCUAAUGAAGGACAGUUAAGAGCAGUCAACAAGGCGGGCAAGGCACUUAUAUCAGAAGAAAAUUAUCGAUCAGACGAUGUAGGAAAGACUUUGAAAGACUUAAAUGAUCAAUGGGGCCGAUUGAUAGCAUUGUCGCUGGAAAAAGGUCGUAGAUUACGACAAGCGGCUUUACAACAUGGAUACAAUCGUACUAUGGAAGAUGCCAGAUUGAAAUUAGAAGAGAUAGAGAGUUGUUUACAGAGUAAACAAGUAGGCAUGGAUCUUCGUAGCUGCAAAGAGUUACUAAAAAAACAUCAGAUCCUUGAGAACGAUAUGUAUCAGUGGGAGCAAAAGGUAGACGAUCUUGUAGUCAUGGGUCAAGAAAUGGCACAUGAGGGUCACUUCGAUGCGGCGAAUAUUCUGAGGGCUAGUCAAGCCACCCAGAGAAAAUUCCGUAGCCUGAAAGAACCAGCUAAGAGACGUCGAGAAGCAUUGGAAGAGAGCCUACGUUUCCACAAAUUCGGCUUUGAGUUAGAUGCAGAAUUACAGUGGAUUAAAGACCACUUGCCUCAAGCAUCCUCGACGACGCUCGGACAGAAUCUGCAUCAGGCCCAAACUUUGCAUAAGAAACACAAAAAGCUGGAAGCGGAAAUUGUCGGUCAUCAGCCUAUGAUAGAUAAGACUCUGGCUUCUGGACAAACGCUCAUCGAUCAGGCUCAUCCGGAGAAAAAAAAGAUCCAAGAAUUGUGCGAUGUUCUGGAUGAUGCUUGGAGAGACUUGCAAGAUAAAGCGGGAGAGCGCAGCAGAGCGUUAGACUUAUCCUUAAAAGCACAAGAAUUCUUUUUCGAAGCUGGCGAAGUCGAGAGUUGGCUCAAUGAGAAGAACGAUGUACUGAGCUCCACCGAUUAUGGCAGAGAUCGCGAUGCCGCCACCAAAUUAUUGACAAAACACAAAGCUGUUGAGCUUGAAUUAGAUACAUACAAUGGCAUUGUGACAGAAAUGGGACAUACCGCUUCCACAAUGAUCAACUCAAAGCAUCCAGACAGUAAGGCAAUACACAACAAGCAGCAAGCAAUUGUUCAACAAAUGCGCGCUUUGCAGCGAUUAGCUACCGUAAGACAACAACGUUUAAUGGAGAGUAUGUAUCGCCAUGAAUAUUUCCUGGAGAGCAGAGAAUUAGAGCAGUGGAUCAAAGAGCAAGAACAAGCAGCCGCAUCAGAAGACUAUGGUCAAGAUUACGAACAUCUGUUGCUAUUGCAAGCAAAAUUCAAUGAUUUCAAGCAUAGAAUAGAGGCUGGCUCUGAAAGAUUCAAUCAAUGCGAAGAAUUAGCCAGAAAACUAAUUGCGAAUGAGAGCCCUUAUAUCCAGGACAUCGAAAAACGACAAGAACAAUUAGGAUCCGACGAAGACGAUCCGGUGCUUCAAGUACAAGAUAAACAGGCGAUAACAAAAGAAUCAUGGCAACACUUGUUAGGUCUCAUCCGAAAUCGUGAGCAACGAUUACAAGCGGCAGGCGAAAUUCAUCGAUUCCAUCGUGAUGUAGCGGAAGCAUUGUCGCGAAUACAAGAGAAAAAGGCUGCUUUACCAGAGGAUCUUGGUCGCGACUUAAAUUCCGUUUUGGCUUUAAUCAGACGUCAUGAAGGAUUUGAGAACGAUCUAGUUGCUUUGGAGGCUCAGUUACAGGUUUUAGUUGAGGAUGCAUCUAGAUUACAAGCUCAUUAUCCGGGUAACAAUGCGGUGCACAUCGAUCAGCAGCAAGAAAUCGUUGUUACUCAUUGGGAGGAUUUGAAAGACAAAUCCGCUCAUCGAAGGGAUCAGUUGCAAGCUAGCUGCGACUUGCAACGAUUUCUUACUCAGGUAAGAGACCUAAUGAAUUGGGCAGCUGGACUCCGCGCUACAAUGUCAACGGAAGAAAAAGUUCGAGACGCGGCUAGUGCGCAGAUCUUGAAGACGGAACACGAAGCUCUGAAAGGGGAAAUCGAAGCACGAGAGGAUAGCUUCAGCUCGGUGCUCGAUCUAGGCGAGGCCAUGGUGCAAACCGGUCACUAUGCAGCUACAGAGGUUGAGGAAAAGUGUAAUCAAUUGCUGGACGAGCGGCAGAGGCUGCACGCUGCUUGGCAGCAAAAGAAAGUGCACUUAGAUCAACUGAUCGACUUGCAUUUCUUCCUGCGUGACGCCAAACAGCUCGAUACCUUGUCUAGUACUCAAGAAGCCGCGCUAAGCGGUGACAACUUCGGAGUUUCGGUCGAAGAGGUAGAUGCACAAAUGAAAAAACACAACGAAUUUGAAAAACUAUUGGUCACGCACGAAGAGAAACUAACAGCGCUACAAGAGCACGGGAACAAACUUCUGACUCAGAAUCAUUUUGACUCACCGACAAUCGCCCGACGAUUGAAUGAAGUCAUUCAAAGACGCGAAAGAAUUCGUCAUCUGUGCGAUGCGCGAAGAAGAAGGUUGGAGGCUAGUUUGUUGCAUGCACAGUUUGUCAGAGAUGUGGGUGAAGCCGAAUCUUGGAUAGGUGAAAAGCAAAAGAAGUUAGAAGCAGAAGCGUCGAAAGGCGAAGUAUCUAGCUUGGAGGACAAAAUCAAGAAGCUGCAAAAGCAUCAAGCAUUCCAAGCAGAGUUGGCAGCGAAUCAGAGUAGAAUCGAAGAAAUUAAAGCGAAAGGAGAAACAUUAUUAGCGCGAAAACAUCCGGCGAGUGCAGAAAUUCGUCAGCAAUUAGAACAUUUACAUGCGUCCUGGCGAAUAUUAUUGUUAGAGUCUGGAAAUCGGGGCAGAGGUUUGGAAGAGGCUCAAGAUAUUUUGGAAUUCAAUAAUCAAGUAGAGAAAAUCGAGGCGUGGAUCAGAGAUAAGGAAAUGAUGGUCCAGGCUGGUGAUACUGGAAAGGAUUAUGAGCAUUGCUUAAGUCUCCAGAGAAAACUCGAUGAUGUAGACAGCGAUAUGCGAGUAGAUGAUUCUAGGAUAAAGUCGAUCAAUGCUUUGGCAGAUAAGCUUAUAAAGCAGGGUCGUGAUAAUGAAUCAAAAGCAAUUCAACAACGACGCGAUAAUUUUAACAAUAAAUGGAAAGGUUUGCAAGGUGCACUAAGUACUUACCGCGAAACAUUAGCGGGUGCACUAGAAAUCCAUCUAUUUAACCGAGAUGUAGACGAUACAAACCAAAGAGUUAUUGAGAAAUCAGUCGCCAUGAGCACGAAUGACACUGGAAAAGAUUUACCCGCUGUCGAACAAUUACAAAGAAAGCAAGAGGCUAUAGAACGAGACAUGACAGCAAUAGAAGGCAAACUAAAGGAGCAUAAGUCAGAAGCGCGAAAUUUGUCGCACAAAUAUCCAGACAAGGGGUCCGAAAUAAACGGAAUACUGUCCGAACUUCAAUCUAACUGGGAUGAUCUACAACGAGUGACUCGACAUCGGCGUGAUGCUUUGAAUCAAGCGUACACAUUGCAUAAGUUCCAAGCUGAUUUGCAUGAAUUAGAUAUUUGGGUGGCAGAUACUAUUAAACGCAUGGAUGAAUCCGAACCACCGACUACUAUAUCCGAAGCUGAAGCUGUAUUAGAACUGCAUCAAGAAAGAAAGGCGGAAAUCGAUGGUAGACAAGAUACAUUUAAAGGUUUAAAGGAUCACGGUCAUAAAAUCAUAUCUAUUAAUGAGGAUGUUAAACAUAAUCUUGAACAUCUGGAAGAACUUAGGCAAACCUUGGGAAAUGCUUGGGACAAUCGUCGACAGAAAUUAACGCAAGCACAUCAAUUGCAAUUGUUUAAGGAACAGGCUGAUCAAGCUGACAGCUGGCUAGCAACGAAAGAAGCAUUUCUCAACAAUGAUGAUCUCGGCGAAUCGCUAUCAGGCGUCGAGACGUUGUUGCGUAAGCAUGAGGAAUUCGAGAAGAUGUUGGCAUCUCAAUUAGGACGUAUCGAGGAGCUCGAGAAGUUCGCAAACGAAAUUCUAUCGCGUGAACACGCGGACGAGAGUAUAAUAAAGCAGCGACUCGCCUCGGUUUGUACCAGAAGAGACAAACUAAAAAAUAAUUCAACCGCUAGAAGAAAAAAACUUUUGGAAAGUCAUCAUUUGCACCAGUUUCUUAGGAACAUAUAUGAAGUGGAUGGCUGGCUGCGUCAGAAGCAGCAGGUGGCGAGCGACGAGAAUUACAGAGAUUCCUCGAAUUUGCAAAGUAAGAUACAGAAACAUGCUGCAUUCGAGAGCGAGUUGAUGGCAAAUAAAGGAAGAAUUGCGGCAGUAGUCAACGAAGGUGAAGCGCUUAUCGAGGAAAAUCAUUAUGCUUCAAAAGAUAUACAGGAACGUUUAGACGAGUUAGAGGCAGACUGGAGACACUUGCAAGAGACCAGUGAGCUAAAGAAAAAUCGGCUAAAUGACGCGUAUCAAGCUUUACUAUUCGGGCGUAGUUUGGAUGAAUUCGAGACGUGGAUGGACGAAAUUGAAACCCAGUUGCAAUCAGAGGAUCACGGUAAGGAUCUCUCAAGCGUAACGAAUUUGCUGAAGAGACACACCAAUUUGGAAAACGACGUACUUGGUCAUAACGAGGCAUGCGAAUCUAUCAAAAACACUGCCGCCGGCUUUCAGAAAUCGAAUCAUUUCUUGAGCGAUGAGAUUCAAAAGAGAGCGUUGAUUACGAUCAACAGAUAUCACGGUCUUCAGGAGCCAAUGCAGAUACGCAGGGAUAAUUUGGAAGACGCGAAGUUAUUACAUCAGUUCGCGAGAGAUGUCGAGGACGAAUUACGCUGGCUUUCAGAAAAAGAACCGUUAGCCGCGAGCAACGAUCUUGGUAGCUCCUUGACCACUGUACAACGAUUGCAAAAGAAACAUCACGCUUUGGAAGCGGAAUUAUUAUCCAGAGAACCUGUAGUAGCUUCGUUAGUUAGCAGAGCGACUGUGAUGAUUAGAAGUGGGCAUUUUGCAGCGGAUAAGAUUGAAAAAUUAACUAAAAAGUUGCAAGAAGAAUUGUCGCAUCUUAGAGAUCUAGCAAGUGUUAGGAAACUGAGGUUGCUCGAUGCUGUAGAAUCACAAAUGUUUUAUGCUGAAGCCGCGGAAGCUGAACAAUGGAUUAGAGAGAAACAUCCACAAUUGACGUCAUCUGAUCAUGGCAAGGACGAAGACUCUGUGCAAUGUUUGUUGAAGAAGCUUGAAGGCAUCGAACGUGACUUGUCUGGUUUCGAAAACACGAUAGAUAACUUGAAGAAGCUUUCGCGUGGCCUAGUUGAGAGGCAUCAUUUUGAUAGUAAAAAUAUAGCGCAAAAACAAGCGGAUAUUGAAUUCAAAUUUAAAGAACUGCAAAGAUUGAAGGAAUAUCGACUGCAGAGAUUAUCGGAGAGCGAGAAGUUUUACAAAUUUAUCAGACAGGCGGAUGAAGUAAUCGAAUGGAUUGGGGAUCAAACAACGAUCGCCGCAUCAGAAGAUUACGGUUGUGACGUAGAACAUGUAGAACUGCUGAUUCAGAUAUUCGACAAUUUCCUAGCUGGUUUAACGACUAGCGAAGGACGUAUAUCGGCUGUUCUUGAUGAAGGACAAAGAUUGAUAGAGCAGAAUAAUCCUGAAAAAAGCAAAAUACUUCAAAAAAUUGACGAAACAAAGCAACAAUGGGAGGACUUGAAAGAAUUGGCUCACGCUCGACAAGACGCGUUGGCAGGUGCCAAACAGGUUCAUAUGUUUGACAGGACAGCCGACGAGACUAUCGCUUGGAUACAAGAGAAAGAAGCGGCUGUCAGCUCGGACGAUUAUGGCCAAGAUUUGGAGGAGAGUCAAGCACUGGUGAGAAAACAUCAGGGAUUCGAGACUGACUUAGCGGCUGUGAAGGAACAAGUGGAGAGCCUGAUGGAAGAAGCAUCAAGACUAAUCGAGCUUUUCCCGGAUGCACGUAUACACAUCAACGUGAAACAUCAAGAGGCGGAAGCAGCCUGGGCCGAGCUACUAGAGCAAGCAGCGCAGAGACGAAACAAACUAGCCCAGGCAGAACAACUGCAGGCCUACUUAGGCGAGUACAGAGAAUUGAUAUCUUGGAUAAACGAGAUGGUGGCUAAAGUGACAGCGCCUGAAUUGGCGCAGGACGUUCCUGGUGCCGAAGCAUUGCUUUCCAGGCAUAACGAGUACAAAUCGGAGAUCGAUACGCGUGAAGAAGUCUUCGAGAAAUUUUAUCGAACUGGACAGGAGCUAAUCGAGCAGGGACAUUUCUUGGCGAAGGAGAUUGAGGACAAAAUAUCAGUAUUGCAGCAACGUCAGCAAAUUUUGAAGGACACGUGGCAACAGAGGAGACACAUUUAUGAACAGAACUUGGACACGCAGUUAUUCAAAAGGGAUGCCGAAACUUUGGAAAAUUGGAUAAUUAACAGGGAACCGAUGCUGCAUGACGAAAAAUUAGGAGACAGCAUUUCGCAAGUGGAAGAAUUGAUAAGGAAACAUGAGGACUUUGAGAAGACCAUACAAGCGCAAGAAGAAAGAUUCAGUGCUCUUAAACGAAUAACGAUGCUAGAAGAAGCCUUUCGAAAACAGCAAGAGGCAGAAAUGGCCGCACGUCAAGCAGAAAAAGAGAGGGUGGAACGCGCGAAAAUCGAGGAACGGAAACGUAAAGAGGUACAAAGGAUAACCGAGGAGCGGAAACGCGAAGAAGAGCGUAGACGGUUGUUAGACAAUUCUCAUCGUAUGCAACAUGAUGAACUUAACGGCUCAGUCGACGAACAUGAGUCUGCAAAUAUGUUAUCUCCGCUAAAAGGUGCUACCGUUUCCGAAACAGUAGAACCUGCGGCCCCUCAGAAGCCAUAUGGUUUAUCGCACAUGUUCAGCGAAAAAUUAAGACGAGCAACUUCGGAUAUCAAGAGGGCUGAAAGUAUGAAAGUAGAUACAAAGAAACCAAAACGGACACCAAGCUUCACGACUAGACGAAGAACGCAAAGCUUCCGGAAACUGCAACGAAUGGAGAAUAUGGACUCUCUGCGACCAGUUGAGAUUCAAGGUCUUCUUGAGCGAAAGCACGAGCUUCAAAGUGCUGGUAAAAAGGCAGCAGUUCGGUCAUGGAAGCAAUAUUACACCGUAUUGUGUGGACAACUGCUGUGCUUCUUCAAGGAUAUAGAAGAUUUUAAUCUAAGUAAAGCGGCAACUGCCCCGAUAACCAUUUUCAAUGCUACAUGCGAGAAAGCAGACGAUUACACAAAGAAGAAAAAUGUAUUUCGGUUGAAAUGCACGGACGGUUCGGAAUUCUUGUUUUUAGCACCAAGCCACGAAGAAAUGGAGGAUUGGGUUAAUAAAAUCUCAUUUCAUGCGAAAUUGCCGCCAAGUUUGCAGCUUUUAAGCUACGAUGACUCUCAGAAGAUGCAACAGGAAAAUUUGCAGAGGUUGCAAAGUUCGAGACUUGAACACGCGGACGACAACGCGUCCACCGGAAGUAGCCGUGCUUCCACACCGGAGAUGGAGCGCAAGAACUCUGUGAUCAGACGCGACCCCGUCUCGGCAAAUCAACACUCGCCGAAUUCGGUACAAUUAGAAUUCCUGCAGAUGCAUCGGCAAAAUCAGCAACGGCGCAACGACGCACAAAACGCCGAAGCAUUCCUGGCGUCACAGAGAUCAGAACCUCAGACUCAGACGGAAUUUCUACAAAUGCACAGGCAACAGCAACUACUUGCACAGCAGCAGCAACAUCAGCUAAUACAACAAGAGCAACUUGCAGCUCAGCGGGAUCAAUAUCAGAAUUCCGCGAUGCUGGGAACCGAUAAACCGCCCAUACCGCCACGAGGUGCUCCUCCACCUGUUCCUAUGCGAACACCCAGUUCAGAAAAUAUGAUGCAGUACAGGCGCAACGAUAUAGAUCAUCAUUUGCCACAAGGAAGGCCCAACGUUUAUCAACGAAGCGCAACAUUAAAUCAUAAUGGAUCUGGUCAAUAUCCGUCAAACGAGCAACCAGUAUGGCAUCGACAAAGCAGUGUGGAUCUUCCCCCGCAACAUCAAGAAUUAGCACCUCCAUUGCCAUCGAGUGCUCCUCCGCCGACUAGAAUGGUUCAUUGGAAUAUUCCUCGUGAUUCUGCGUAUGGGAAUGUUCCAAAUGUUAGACAGGGUGUACAACAACAAAACAGUACUUUCACUGGCAGACCGACAUCAUUGCCGCCUUAUGUCGCUCCGCCAGCAGCUCCGCAAACAACUCCUCCGAAUAUCGCAGUGGUAGAUAAUAGAAGAGCAUCGGAGAGUGGAUCAGAAAGCGAGCAAAGCUCGGGUGGCAAUCGGAAAGAUCGCGAUUACAAACGAAGUUCUGUUUUGAGUAAUCUAUUUGGAAGACGCAAAAAACCCUCUCAAUCAUAAUGCCUUCUAGGAGCUUUUACGAAGCGUGUUUAUAAUUACCAUCUUUACAGUAAUUUCUUACACGAAUUGUAUUUAAACAAAAAAUAAUCUUACUCGUAAAGCGAACGAUAAAGUUCCUUGACUACAUCACCGGAGAUUUAAAUAGCGUGGCACUUUUGCUAUACAGUACAUAGUAAUUUAUUAUUUUUUUUUUUUAAUAGAAUAUAUAGUAAUUUUGUUACAAUUUGUGCAAUGAUUUUAAUUGUACUUCAAUACUUCAAAUGCAAACAUAAAUAUGCAGUAAAUUUUCGGAUAUUUACGGUCGAAAUCGAUCAUUGAUUAUAAUCAAAAUGUAUUUCUACUUAUAAAUAAAAUAAUAUUCCUACUUAUAUAGAAAAUCAAAAGUCAUAUCAAAGAGUCAAAAAAUAUAAAUAUGAAUAUCAAAAUUUAUAUUCUUUGAAAAUAUGGAGCAGUUAAAUAACUUCGUAAAUUAUUCGGAAAUAUUUAUAAAUAACAUUUGCAAGAGUAUCUCUAAAAAUUAAAAUUAGAUUAUCAACUGUCAUAAUCUCACAUAUUCCAUAAUUUAAAGAAUUUAAUUCUUUAUUGUUCUUUGAUAGUCAUUAUUGAGAGAUUACUAUUGAUAAUUGUUAAUAUAGAUAAUACGUUUUAAAGUAAUCCCCUUUUACAUUAAAAUUAUUAUGAAAAUAUACAAAAAUAUACACAAUAUAUACUUAUUUUUGUAUAUUUAUUAAUAAGUGAUAAACAUUUAAAAGACUAUGACAGUUGAUGAUGGAUUAUAAAAAUUUUCAGUUAUAUUGAAAGAAAGAAAUAUAUACACAUAGUUUAUAGAAUUGACUUUUGUACUCAACAUUAGUUUCUAUUCUAACAACGAUAAACUUUGUUAUGACUGUAACAAUAGUCGAAUGUUGAAUUUGACGUGCCGAAGACUAUGAGAAUAUCGCAACGAAUAUACAAUGACGUUUUGUAAUAUAAAAAAAAAUUAUAAUUUCACAAAAGAAAAAAAAGAUGACCACUACCGGGUUUAUUUGAGAUGUACCUGACUUUAUGAACGAAGUGUAUGAUGACUUCUGUUUUCGAAGAUUAUCUUUUUUCUUCUUUUUCUUUUUAAGUUAAAAAUUAUCAACAGAGAGACGUUAAAAUGCCAGAAGGGUAUAAUAUUUAAGUUGUAUAUGUCAUAAUAUAUGUUGCAAAUAUUAUAUAUUUGAAAACCCACAUGUGGGACCAAUGAUCUUAAUGUAUUAAAUACCAGAGAUAGACAUAUUUUUUGAUGAGGAUGAAAUAUUAUAUAUUCUCGAGCGUUACACCAUUUCUUACGAUAAUGGUGAUGUUACGAAAUGUAAAGUGUAUUUAAUACAAUAUAAAAAUUGUGUACUAUGCAGGCGUAUUACGCUAUCAUGUAGUUAUAGAGAAAAAGACGGAGAAAGAGAUCGAAAUAUAAUAUUGUAAAAAAAAGAAA